AUCUCCAUUGUAAUGGGAAUGUUCUUCCUCUUCCCAGACUCUUCUCUCCUCCUCUCCUCUUCCCAGACUCUUCUCUCUUCCUCCUCUUCCCGGAUCUCCAUUGUAAUGGGAAUGUUCUUCCUCUUCCCAGACUCUUCUCUCCUCCUCUCCUCUUCCCAGACUCUUCUCUCUUCCUCCUCUUCCCGGAUCUCCAUUGUAAUGGGAAUGUUCUUCCUCUUCCCAGACUCUUCUCUCCUCCUCUCCUCUUCCCAGACUCUUCUCUCUUCCUCCUCUUCCCGGAUCUCCAUUGUAAUGGGAAUGUUCUUCCUCUUCCCAGACUCUUCUCUCCUCCUCUCCUCUUCCCAGACUCUUCUCUCUUCCUCCUCUUCCCGGAUCUCCAUUGUAAUGGGAAUGUUCUUCCUCUUCCCAGACUCUUCUCUCCUCCUCUCCUCUUCCCAGACUCUUCUCUCUUCCUCCUCUUCCCGGAUCUCCAUUGUAAUGGGAAUGUUCUUCCUCUCCCCAGGGAUUCCAUCGAGAAUGAUGAUGAUGAAUGUAUUGGUGGUGUUUGUAUCCCUGAGCCUGACUCUGAGCUCCUCCCACCUGCACGGCUCCUCCCAUCACCCCAGCGAGGAGCACUACGGGAACGAGGAGCACAACCCCGACUAUGACAAGAAGAUGUUCCUGGGAGGGGAGGAAGAAGCGGAAGAAUUCGCUGAACUGAGUCCAGAGGAACAGCUGAAGAGAUUGAAAUCCAUCAUCAAAAAGAUCGACAUUGAUGGCGACGGAUUCCUCAGUGAAGAGGAGCUCAGUCUGUGAAUUCAGAUGUCCUUCAAGCAUUAUGUGUUGGAAGAUACCAAGGAGCAGUUCUCGGAGGUGGAUCGGAAUGGUGACGGGAUCGUCACCUGGGAGGAGUACAACCUG